AUGACCACUAAAAGCCCAAGUCAAAGCACUGUUUCCACUUCGACCUUUGUCACAAGUAGAAAACAUGUCACUACUAACUCUGACAGUUCAAGUAAAACUAAGUCUACUCAUCCAUUUACUACGGGCACUUUUACACUUCCAACAUCCAGUUUGGUGCUGAACACCAGUGUGUCUGCAGCCCCAGACAAGAACCAUCCUACCCAAAACAAGGAUGUAUCACAAGGAAGUCGUCAUCCUGGAGAGACAGGGGGAAAUGAUUCAUUCCCCACUUGGGCCAUCGUUAUCGUGAUCCUCUUAGCUAUCAUUCUUCUCUUGGUGUUACUUGGUCUGAUCUUUUUGGUCACCUAUCUAAUGAAAACACACCAUACACUGAACCAGAACGUUGAGAACGUUGAUUCAGAGGAUGAUAGUGGCCCUAAUUCCUACCCAGUCUACCAGAUGGAGCAGCAAACUCUGAACAUGAGCCAGAUUUCUACAACUCCACUGUAA